CCCGUGCCCCUUUCCCCAGAAGGGCUUGAUGUUGGGAAAUUGCUUCCAGGCUCCCCUGAAGGGCUACUCACGCAAGAGUAGAUCUGACCCCUUGGAGGGGGCACAUCAACAGGUGGGUGGUAAGAUGAGACACCGACUUCUGCCCAAAAGUGGGAGGCUGCAGGCCUGGGCGGCUCGAUUACGAAGCAUCAUGGCAAAUAGCAUGAGCUGCAUGUCCCCAAAAUAGCCUGGGGGAGUCUUUAUAACGCAGUGCUCCCAGAGAAUCGUCAGUCCUGGGCCAAGGGCCUGUAGGUGAGCUGCAAGUGCCGGUGCCACCUCCUGCAUGUGAGUCAGGGAGCGCGGGAGAGCACGGCGGCCGCUUCCCUGCGGCGAGGGACACGGACCCCGGCCAGGCGCGGCAGGGCCGGCACGGAUUUGCGGCGAGGAGAGCCCCUGAGGGCAGCAGGGCAGUGAGGGGCCGGGCUGUGUGCCGAGCAGCCCCCAUGCCGCUGUGCCUGAAGGCUGCCGUCAGCAUGAGGGACUAUUGCCCCACGGUGCCCCGGUACAGCCGGUACACGCCCCGGUACAGCCGGUACAUGCCGGGCCUCAGGGCCUCGCGCACCGUGCACUUCCCCAACGACGUCGUCUUUCAGGACCACAUCAAGCAGGGCGACCUGGAGCAGGUGGGCAGGUUCAUACGGGCCAGGAAGGUGACACUGGACACCAUCUACCCUUCUGGCAUGGCAGCCCUGCAUGAAGCCGUGCUGACGGGAAACCUGGACUGCGUCAAGCUCCUGGUGAAACACGGCGCUGACAUCCACCAGAGAGACGAGAACGGCUGGACGCCGCUGCACAUGGCCUGCAGCGACGGCUACGCCGACAUCGCCAGGUACCUGCUGUCCCUUGGGGCCAGCCUGGAGGCCACCACCGACGACGGGGAGAAACCCUCGGACCUCAUCGACCCCGAGUACGAGGACCUGGUGCAGCUCCUGGGAGGCACGGCGCUGCGCUGAGCCGGCACGGCCCGGGGGGCUGCGCCUGCCCGAGGGCCGGGGCUGCGCCCGGGCUGGGCCCGGGCGGCGAGCGGGCACCAGCGCUCGGUACUGCGAUCGGGAACCACUUUGUACUUUUGCAAUAAAGCGUAUCGGUCACCA